ACUAGCUUCCAUAAACACCCUUCGCCAUCGGCCGGAGAAUGUACGUCUCGACAUCUUUUUCGAGUCCUUCCCGAUUUGGAUUCGAGGGAGGAGGACGACGGCGACAUGGAGGUAUACGAUUCUUCCUUCUGGUCGGAGUUUCUGCGUGGCAUGCUGAAGCCGGCUGCGGCGACGGCGGUGGUGGCGAUGGCGGUGGCGCUUUCCUUUGUGCAAAGGCUGGGACUGGAGUGGGAGAUGGUGUAUUCUAUCGCCCGGACUUUCCUUCAGCUUUCCGUUAUUGGAUUCGUCCUUGAGUUUAUCUUUACGCAGAAGAAUGCUGGAUGGAUCGUGCUUGCCUACUUGUUCAUGGUUUUAGUUGCUGGGUAUACAGCAGGCCAACGUUCUAAGCAUGUUCCUCGUGGAAAGUACAUAGCAGGGGUAUCCAUUUUGGCUGGAACAUCAUUAACUAUGCUCUUGCUUGUUGUGCUGAAUGUUUUUCCCUUCACGCCACGUUACAUAAUCCCAGUUUCAGGCAUGAUGGUUGGUAAUGCGAUGACUGUUACUGGAGUUACCAUGAAGAAGCUUCGAGAAGAUCUCAAAAUUCAAAAGAACCUGGUGGAGACAGCGCUUGCUCUUGGUGCAACACCACGCCAGGCCAUUUUUCAUCAGGUGAAGAGAUCUCUCAUCAUUGCAUUAUCCCCUGUUUUGGAUAAUGCCAAAACAGUAGGCCUUAUCUCUCUUCCAGGUGCUAUGACCGGACUCAUCAUGGGUGGAGCUUCUCCCCUUAAAGCUAUUCAGCUCCAGAUUGUUGUCAUGAAUAUGGUAAUUGGUGCCUCUACUGUUAGCUGCGUUAUGUCAACUUAUCUGUGCUGGCCUUCCUUCUUCACCAAAGCUUAUCAGUUAGAGUAUAAGGUAUUCAAUGAAGAUUAGGUUAAGGCUUCGUUUGGAACGAUUUUUUUAUUGCUUCUUAAAACAGUUUUUUAGUUUAAAAAUUAAAAUUUUUAUAUUAGAAGGCUGCUUUAAAAAACAAU